AGAGCAGUUUUUCAAGUGGGUCAUUGAGUAACACAACGACAACAUCAAUUGGUUUAAGUUAUAAUAUAAAGUACUGACAUAAGAUUUUUUUAGAAAAUGCUUGACAACACAUAUCUUCCGUGGCUCUGUAUGGAAGUGAUGUUAUAAUUAGUCAUCUUUAAUAGAUAAGAGAAAAAAAAUUACGCAAUGCUUGAAAAAGUAUUCAAAAUAAGAAAACUCCUGCUUGAAAGAAUUUACUGAGCCAGUUUUUUAAAAGACAUUUUUAAGUUUACAUAAGGUUGAACACAAACAAAUAUUGAAAAACUUCCUUUUAAAUAAAUCUCUCAUGCACAUAUGCCUAUUAAAGGCCAUUCAUACAGUAGCUUUUAUACUUCCUUAUUUAAUUAAUCUGUUCACUGGUGCAGAUGGAGUUUCUGAUUUUGUUGUUGUUUAUGCACACAUUUUCAACCAACGCUUAUGAUAAUCUAUCAGAGGGAAGGAGUUGUAUACAGAGUUCGACAUGGACAUGUGUACCAUCCUGCCACCUGUAUGCAGCAAACAAUGCAGUUGAUGGAGAUAUGAAUACUUGUAUGAGAUCUAAACCAAUUGGUUCCUCUUUCCCAGACAAAACAGUGUGGUGGAGGGUGGACCUUGGUGACAUAAAGAGUAUAUACAGUAUCAGGAUACAGUUUAGAGACUAUGGAAAACAAUAUUAUCACCGUCAAAGAGGAAGACUGGGGGGAUUUUCUCUAUAUAUAUCGAACACGACAGAAAUACAAUGGAGUAAUAUAUGCUACAGGAACGGACCAGAAUUACCUCCGUUGGAUUUUAUCAAUAUCUGUACUAUUUAUGGACGUUAUGUUACAUUUUAUAAUGAAAGAAAUGGAACCACAUACCCUACUGGCUAUGAGACAAGCAUUGUUUUAACAGAGUUAUGUGAAGUAAUUGUAACUGGCUGUCAUAAAGAUGGAUUUUAUGGUCAAAACUGUGAUCUUACAUGUCCUCUUCACUGUCAGGACAGAAGAUGUCAUAUAACAAAUGGAACCUGUCUUGGGUGUACAGCUGGCUGGAUCGGAGAGUUUUGCAACAAAACGUGCAACGAAGGAUGGUAUGGAGACAAGUGCUCCAGACAUUGCAGCUUUAACUGCCAAAGGGGAGUGUGUCACAAUGUACAUGGAGAAUGUAGCUAUGGGUGUAAACCAGGGUGGAAAGGUUCAAACUGCAGUCAAUUGCAAUGUGUGUAUACAUAAGGUCUAGAAAUUGAAAAGUAUUCAUAUAAACUAAGAUAUUUUUCAUUUAUAAAUGUAUUCAAAACCAAUCUUGAAAGAAAUUGGCAAAUUUUUUUAAAAGACACUACAUCUGAAUUUUAAACUUUUUUGACAGAUUGUUGUUUUACGUCCUAUUUUAGAUAGUUAACUCAUAUAGUAACUAUAUCUUAUACUGGUGAAGGGCUUCAAAUUGUACAUCAUCCUUAGUGCUUUACUUACCAAUAUUAGAAUUUCAUCUCCUCGCAGGGAGAAUAAUAAAGCAUAGUACAGAAUUCUACAUUGACUUAAUCAGUGAAACAUUAUGAAGUCAUAGUAGGCAAGAUGACGUUAAUUUUAGAACACAAGUUUCGUGAUAUUGGUAUUUAGAAAUGUGACUUAACUCUAGAAAGGGAAUUGAAACGUGUUAACAUUAACAAAACUAAAAUGUUUUUAUUUUGUUAUGUUGUAUCUGUCAUUUUUAUAAAAAUCCAGCACCGAUGACGCCAUAUGUGUACAUCAAGUAAAGGUAACUUGGGUAUUUAUCAUGUCGUGUAAAGAGAAUUUCGCUAAAAUGGCAUGUUCAAAGAAACGUACAAUGGAGUUUAGAUGCAAGUAUAGAGAAUAUUAUGUGAAAUUCAUGUGGAGUUAAGUUUUAUUAAAAGGGUUUGCUAAUCUAUUUUCAUCUAUUACGUAUAUUCCAUUUUAAGACAGUAAGCCAUAUACGUACCCUAGGUUGGACUUAACGCAACGGAGUAACGGAGAUAUUUGUCAUCAUGGGAUCUUUCCGUUCUGUAGGAACAUAUUAAGCUAACAUAAGUCCUCUUCUUGUCUACAUUUUUUCCAGCAAAUUUUAAAUGUAUUCCAAAUUUAUACAUAUAAUAUUAUACAGUAAUGUAUGCGUAUGGGAGAAAUACCAAAUUUAUGUUUCCUCGAGGAGGCAACUAUUUCCCGGGGCGGCGAAUAGUUUCCUUUUGAGGAGAACUAUAAAUUGCUGUUUCCUAAAUACACAUUACAUAACUGUUUUACUUAUACCGAAACAAUCAUAUGACAUUUUUAAAACUAGAGAAUCAGAUGUUUUUAAAAGCAAUAUAGAGGCAUAGAAAUUAGCACAAAUGCCUGUGAAUAAAUAUCGGUAGAUAUAUAAUAU